UAAAGGACACUCCAUUAUAUACAAAGCCAUGAUGAGCCCUGUGGACGAUGGCUCGACAACGCCCUCAGUGAGAGCACCGAAAAAGUCAACGGGGGUAUCUACAUCGACGAUUCUGUUGGUGAUUGGAGCGAGUGCAAUAUCCUUUCUGGCAGGGACUUUGUUCGCUUUGGGAUUCAAUCAAUGCCCAACACUCCCACCGCCCGCACAAGCGGCUGCCGAGCAAGCCAAGGGCACUCCCUUGGAAUCUCCCAAUACAGUCACAGCCGAAAAGCGCAGCCUUGUGAGAAAGGAAAUAGCCGAACCAUUGGAACGAAAAGCGCCUCCUGUGGAACCAGCCCAUACUACUACCAGCCACAGAAAAGGCCAGUUGUUCCCAGAGACGGUUCAGAAAUUUGUCACAGGAAUGGCUCAUGUGGACAAGACCGAGUUCACGGAUAAGUUUGAAUUGGGCGUCCCACUCGACUUGCCCUCAGAAGGCACUGAGGACAUUCUUUUGCUCUACAGUGGAAAAAGGUCCAUGCCCACCAAAUACCAACAGUCCCUGGCCACCGACAUUCAACAACUCACAACCGAAGAAGCAACCGAAAAUUGCCUGUUUCUCAACAUGAUUUAUACCCACCAUGAUGGCCAAAGGGAACAAUGCACGGCCAUUAUUCCACAGUACGAAUCCUUUCACAUUCACAAAUGGAUGCGAUUGCCAAAAUCUGGCAAAGGUGGAGUCGACAAAACCAACCCCCUGAAACCAGUGGGAAGAGGAUUGCAGGCCAAUGGAAUUGACCCGUUCAAAGUGCCUGUCUAUGAAAGACAUACGAAACGACACUGGGAAAUCCUUCGCAAGUACUUGGAUUCCGUUGAUGAUGUACUCAACGAGUUACGUCCAAUUGUCAAGCGAAUCAAAAUCAAGAACACUGUCAUUGUCAUGGUUUGCAACCAUGGCCAAUCGGAAUUGCUCGUAAACUUUGCCUGUUCCACCCAUGCACGAGGAUUGGAUAUCUCCAAUAUUAUCGUGUUUGCCACCGAUGAAGAAACCAAAGAACUGGCAGAGAGCGUAGGACUGGCAGCCUACUAUGAUGAACACAAUUUUGGUGAUAUCACCAGUGAAGCAGCCAAGGAAUAUGGAGAUAGGCACUUUACUGCCAUGAUGAUGGCCAAGGUCAUCUGUGUCCAACUGAUCAGUCUGUUGGGUGUGGACCUUUUGUUCCAAGAUGUUGACAUUGUCUGGUACAAGAAUCCACUCAAUUUCUUCCACAAGAAUGAACAUGACCCAAUCCACACCUUUGACAUGUACUAUCAGGACGAUGGUGCCCACUCAACACGCUAUGCACCCUAUGCUCCCAACUCUGGGUUCUAUUACGUCAGGCACAAUGCCAAGACACGACACUUUUUGACGUCCUUGCUAAUGCAAGGAGAUCUCGUGCUGAAAACCUUCUCCCACCAACAGGCCAUGACGGCCGUAAUGGCAGAACACGCCUCGCUGUUUGGACUUCGAGUCAAAGUCUUGAGCCGAGAUGAAAAUGACUUUCCGGGAGGGUAUCAUUACCACCGAAAGAAUGGAGAGUUUCUACGUCAAAUGUACCAAGGAGAAGUCAGUCCUACAAUUUUCCACAUGAGUUGGACCAAGAACAAAGACAACAAGCUGCUGUUCCUCAAGCAAAUGGGAGAAUGGUAUCUGCAGGACAAGUGUGUUUCGAAGAAGCUUGCGGAUAUUGGUAUUGAGAAGGACAAUUUCGUAUCUUCGUGUUGCUCCAAGGAAGCUCUGGUGACUUGUCAUUACAAGGACAAGCCUAGCAUCAAACCAUGCAAAGAUAGUCCCGCAUUGGACAAGGGUCGACCGUCCUUCUGGUAGAGCGUGUAAGCGCUAGCAAUAGGCUGACUGGAGCCAACUGCUAUCAGAUACAACACAUGGUACACAAACGGGAAAAGUUGCCUGGGCUAGCCUGAUCAGAGUGGAAUAAUCGUCGACGCAGCCUGGGGAUUGGGGUCUUGCGCUGCCGCCUGUGUACCUGAUCGGACCCUCGCAACUCCGUUUUCCCAAAACUGUACAAGUGAGAAUGUUUGGCUCCUUGUUUGGCCCGUUCCUUUGGCUUUGCUUUCGGUAGUGGAGCGAGGAUAACCCAAUCGAGGGACUGGCGCAAGCAAAUAAUCGGAUUGUGCCUUGCAAAGUAGAAAAUGGAGUACACAACCUCCUUGUCUGCGACUACAUUUAGCCAGCCUUCUGGCAAAGUAGAAAAUGAAGUACACAUCUUCCUUGUCGGCGACUACAUUUAGCCAGUCUUUCGGG